CCUCUUGAGUCAAUAACAUAGAAAACCCCGUAAUCUCUUAUUUCCCUGUAGCUGUCGCAUUUUGUUCAGAUAAAAGUUAACCUCUGCUAAGCCCAUAGAUACUCCAACGGUAAAUGAAUUUUGAGUCAUCAGCAAGUCCAGUAUUUAAGUUAAACGGUUGGAUGAAUGUUGUCAAGGGCGGAGAGUGACAAUGAUAGAGUUAGCAGAUUCCGAGUAGACAAAUUAUAUCAAUAGCGGUAUCAAUCGUGUACAUCGAUUUUGAUUUGAUGUCUGAACAAAAUAUUUUUUCAUCAUUUUUAAGAUUUCAAAAGCGGUGGGAUCCGUACUUUAAAGAGCUAUGAUUGGCUUGAAACUAGAUAAUGAUGACUUAUCAAAGCUUUUCCCUAAAUGUCGCCCUUCUACUGUACAUUCUACAGAUUUAAAUUUGAACCCUCUGUGUGAUAACUUAGAUCAUGAUAUGGAUCUGACACAAUCAAAUGACCAUCAAAGAACCAGAUGUGAUAAUGUACAUGGAAAUAAUACAAGAAAACGCAGUUUACGUGGAAUAAGAAAAUUUCGAACACGUAGAAGAAGUGACAGUGAUAUAAGUCAAGAUUCAUCUUUAGAUACUAGUAUUGAAGAUGAUGAAGGAGAAAUAAAUGAAAAUUUACUUGAAGAUGAGGUUAAUGAGUCUGAUUUAAAAAAUAUCUGUAAUGAAUCCAGUAUUUUAAAUUCUAGUAAUCAAUCUAGAAAUGGAAGUAAAAGUAAUACUGCUACGCAACAAUCUAUGUAUAAACUAAGAGAUUCUAGAAUUAUAGAAAUUGCUGGAGGUAGAGAAGUUUAUAGCCAAAGUCGAAGUAAAGCUGGUCGGAAAACACGUCAAUUACCUGUUAAUACUGAUGUAGAUUGGGUAAAAUCUCCAGGUCGCGUAUGGGAACUUCGAAACAGAGGGUCAGAUAUUUCUAAAGAAACAUCCAGAGAUAUAAAUGAUUCAGUCUUUCAAAAUGAUAUAAAAGCACCUAAACAUCAGCGACAAUUACCAUUAGAUGAACCAGAUUUAUUUGACAACAUACCAAAUGAAGUAUGGGAUAAAGUUCAACAUGAUACUUCAAUAGGCCAUUAUGGACUACAUCAUCAUAAAAAUUCAUAUCAAAAUGUUGAUGCUUAUCAACCACGUUUAAAUUUAAAAGCUAAUCAAAAUGGUGAUUUAAAUUUGCUGAUCAAUAGUAAUAGAACUGAAAUAUCUAGUACAGAUAAUACUGAUGGAAAAUUAAGUACACAGUAUGAAGUACAAAAUAACAGUUUCAAUGGAACUCCUAAACAUUAUAUAGAGGAAGAACAUUCAAUGCCAUCUUUAUUAUCAUCUCCUACACUUUAUGUUCCCCGGCCUGGAUUUCCUCAGAGAGUAAUUCAAGAUAAUUCAAGGUCUUCUAGUCCAUCACCAACAAUGAAUUUUGAUUAUCUAUAUGAAUUUUCUGAGACUAGAAAAGUUUUAGAGGAAUUUUUUAAGUCGUCUGCUACUGAAAAUCAAAAUUCUCAACAAUUACAGUUUCAAGAUUUGGAAUAUGAGUUAAGAAGAAGAAUACCAGCUUCAGAACAAAGUAGUACACAUGAAAAUAUGCUUCUUUCUAAUGAAGAUUUACAUCAAAGUUCUCAGUUAUCUCCUCUUAAACAGGGUUCAUUAGAAGAAUCUCGCUGCUUAGCUGGUGCACAUCAAAAUUAUAUUGGAAGAUUUAGUCGUAAUGUAACUUUGUCUCCUGAAAUAACUGAUUGUGAAGACAUUGGAAUAGGAAGUGAUGGUGAAUCAUCAUCUUUAGUGGAUAGUCAACAUAUGAUCCCUUUGAGUGGAGUGUCAUCAAUUACUAUGCCUGUUUUAGAAGAUGGACUAUCUAGUGGACACACUAGUGAUACAGACAACAAUAAUCCUACAGUAUUAUUAAUGAAAAGGCAAAUUAGUGAAAUAGAAAAAGAAAUUAUUGAGCGUACAAAUAGAGUAACAAAAUGUGAUAAUAAUGAUAUAAAUGGAAGUAAUAUAUCUACUCAAGAAACUAGUUUGCAGUUGAUGAACUCUUUAGUGAGACCUGAUGAAAGUCGAACACCUUCACCACUAGCAGCACCAACACAUCGAAGUAUAAAUGAUUCUUCAGGUUUAGUUGAAGCUGCUUUACAUGAAAUCAGAUCUAGUCUUAGACAAGCAAAACCAUUAAAAAUUACUAAUUUAGAUGAUAAUUUAUCAUUAACUUGUAGUCCUAGUAAAGAUAGUAUAAAUUCAAACACUGCUAAAACAGAAGAUUUACCAAUUUGGGUUCCUAGGCCUAAAGGAGUUGGUUCAGGUCCUAGUGGCGAUGAAGAAGAAGCUGACACAGAUUUAGAAACUGAUAGACUUUUAGGACAACAACGAAUUGAUGAUACUGGUUUUUAUGAUGAAAAAUCUGACUGGAAGAAAUUGAAAUCUCGAUCUCUAUUACCAUUUAGUUUGACAUCACCUUCAAGCAAUACACCCUCUCACCCUGUAACUAUAGAUCCAGCUACAAAUAAUGAAAAAACUUUUAUUGUACCCCAAACUUUAAAUCCUGUGAAAAAGGAUAAAGAAAGUACUAAGAAAAAAACACGCAACAAAGAAGGAGUACCUCAGCACCAAACAGUAAUGAUUCAUGAACCUGCAGUAUUAAUUGAAGGUGUUCUCUUCAGAGCAAGGUAUUUAGGAUCUACUCAACUAGCUUGUGAAGGACAGCCCACAAAAAGUACUCGAAUGAUGCAAGCUGAAGAAGCUGUAUCCAGAAUUAAGGCUCCAGAUGGGGAAACUCAACCUAGCACUGAAGUUGAUUUAUUUAUAUCCACAGAAAAAAUUAUGGUUUUAAAUACUGAUUUAAAAGAAAUCAUGAUGGACCAUGCUCUUAGAACAAUUUCUUAUAUUGCUGAUAUUGGUGAAUUAGUUGUAUUAAUGGCAAGAAGACGAUGUUUUUUAACACAUCAACCUUCAGAUUCUAACUCUGAAACAGCUUUAGUUCCUGCAGGGAUUAAUGGCAUGGAAAAGGUGCCAAAUAAUAGAACACCAAAAAUGAUAUGUCAUGUUUUUGAAAGUGAUGAGGCCCAAUUUAUUGCUCAAUCUAUUGGACAAGCUUUUCAAGUUGCAUACAUGGAGUUUUUAAAAGCAAAUGGUAUUGAAGAUCAUAGUUUUGUGAAGGAAAUGGACUACCAGGAAGUACUAAAUUCACAAGAAAUUUUUGGAGACGAAUUGCAGAUGUUUGCAAAAAAAGAACUUCAAAAAGAGGUUGUAGUACCAAAAUCAAAAGGAGAAAUUCUCGGAGUUGUAAUUGUAGAGUCUGGUUGGGGUUCUAUGUUACCUACAGUUGUUAUAGCAAAUUUAGCACCAGCAGGAGCAGCUGCUCGAUGUGGUCAUUUAAAUAUUGGAGAUCAAAUUAUAGCUAUUAAUGGAGUAUCAUUAGUUGGUCUGCCAUUAUCAACUUGCCAAAAUUAUAUUAAAAAUUCCAAACCUCAAACAGUUAUUAAACUGACUGUUGUACCAUGUGCUCCAGUAGUUGAAGUAAAAAUUAAAAGACCAGAUACAAAAUAUCAGUUAGGGUUUAGUGUGCAAAAUGGUGUAAUUUGUAGUCUACUUAGAGGAGGAAUUGCUGAACGUGGUGGAGUCAGAGUAGGUCAUCGAAUUAUUGAAAUAAACAAUCAAAGUGUUGUUGCAGUUCCUCAUGAAAAAAUUGUAAAUUUGUUAGCAACUUCCGUUGGAGAGAUAUUAAUGAAAACAAUGCCUACAUCCAUGUUUCGAUUAUUGACUGGCCAAGAAACUCCAGUGUUUAUCUAGUCAUGUACUUGAAUGUCUUACGUCUUGUUUUACUAGGACAUCUACAUACACUAUGGGACUUAAAUUAUUAUUAACUAUUGUCAGGUAUAAAUUUAAUAUGAACACCUGGUCAGUUAGAAAUGGACUAGUGAAGGGUUUAUUUUUUGCACAAUAUGAUAAGCAUAUCUUUUGUUUAUAUUCCCUUUUUAUAGUCAUAAUUAUGCAUAAUCACUAAAUUUAUUUAUACAAUUAUUUUAAAGCUUUAUUGUUUUAAUUUAUAUUCUGUAACAAGAUAUUGCUCUUGUGAUUUGUUGAAUUCUCUAAAAAGUCAUUUAAUUCAAAUAUUUGAGAAUUUUUUUUUAUUAAGUACAUGAUGUAUCAUAAAAUUUAUCAAUAAUUUGCCAUAUCAUAACCACGAAAACUAGGAUUACCAAAAUUAUGUUUUUCAUUAUGUACCAUGUAUUCUCUUUUUAGUUUUAUUUUUAUCUUAAAUUUUUUUCUGUUUUUGUUUUACCAUUAUUUAUUUUUGUGAUAGUCUUCAUAUUGAUAUUGCAGUUAUUUAUUAUAGCUUAAUGUAAAUAUUUAAAUAUGGACCAACUACACUGCAUAAAUGUUUAAGCAUAUCGUUUGAACUACCCAUAUAUAAUUUUUUUAAUGUAUGUCAUUAUGUCUGUUUUUUAAGCAGCUGUAAAUUAAAACUACUCUUAAAUUCCUAAUUAUUCUAGUCAACAUCGUGAAUGAAUAUGUUAUAAUGUAUCUUUAAAUUUAUUAUAAAUAUGGUCAUUAGACAUUCAAAUUGUGUAUUA